UGGUGUGAAAAAAGAUUAUUUAACAUCGAGUUUAUAGUUGAGAAAUUGUUGGUCCUUAACCAGGCAGAAAAAAUGAAUCCAAAUCGUAAUAGACGUGAUAGAAAUCGUCGUAAUCGACCUGUUGUAAGAAGCACUGUAAGAGACAAUCUCGGAUCCGAUGGAGAGUAUGAUGAAGAUACGGAUGAUAUGUGUGACUCGCCCAUUGAUUGGUUUGCGGAGAGCGAAUUUGAUGAGAGACUUUUAGAUCCUAAGUUUUUCGUCAAGUUUAUCACAAACACUGAUGAAAAACCAAAAAAACAUAGUGAUCACAGUCAUCAAUUUCGUCAUCCCAUCAUCCCUAGAGAACUAUUGAGUACCGGCAGUAGCAGUAGUUACACAAUGUACAGUACACCCUCCACUGAUUAUACCGAUAGUACCGAUAACACUGCAUCAAGUAGCGCAGGUAAUACGAAUCCUGCUAUCAACAUUUCAAGCUAUGAAUCAGGGAGUUCCCAGAAUUCACCAGAAAAUACUGAUGAGAGUGGUCCUCAAUGUUCUACUAUAUUUUCAAACACUCACAGCGCUAACAAUGCUAGUAGCAAUAGUGAUGGUAUAGCCACAUCUCGCUCUGAAUCUUCUCGUGCCACCAAUGCAAGCGAUACCUCAAGUCUUGGACUUACCAAUGACGAAAUGAUUGCUUUGGGUAGUCUCAUCAGUACAAUGGGCCUAUUCGGUGUGACUGCUUCAACAGGAUCCUUGACUUCUAACAGUGGUGACAUCAAUAGUUCGCUAGAUGCUUUAUCUGGACUGUUUAACGGUUUAAGCACGUCUGAAUCUGUGACUUCGAAUGAUAAUGUGGAAUCUAAUUCAACUGAUAGUGACGUUGAAAACUAAUAUUAAAAUUUGCAUUGUUAUGUUAUAUGUACAAAAACACAUACAACAUAUUUUUUUAAUAUUAAGAGCCAACAUCAAAAUUUAUUUAUUAAGAUUUAGAAACAAAAUCGUUCUUCAUGUUUUGAUAAUGAAUACUUCUUUUUAAAAAUAAUUUCAGAUUUUUUCUGAAUACAUCUUAUGAUGAAAACUUCUGUAUA